UUUAUCGUAAUGACAUUGUUGGGGAAACCAUUGGACGAAAUUCGACGAGCACAGGCAGGGAGACGCUUCAGCAAUCCUACAGCAAUGAAGAUUGGUAUGCAGAUGAUAAGAGCUUUCAAAAAGCUCCACCAUGCAGGCUACAUUCACAGAGAUGUGAAACCUGCAAAUAUGGCUCCCGGUUAUCACCAUCCAGAGUUACUUCAUCUGUUUGAUUUUGGUCUCUCUCGCUAUAUCUUCAAGCCUGACGGUCCGGGACAUUUGAGACCAGCUAGGAGUAAAGUUGCUUUCCGUGGAACAUAUCGGUAUUGCUCCAUCAAUGCGCAUAUGUGUAGAGACCAGGGAAGAGUGGAUGAUCUUUGGGGGCUUUUGUACUCUCUCAUCGAGCUGUGCACAGGAUCACUUCCCUGGACCGGCAUGAAGCAAGUUGAAAGUCUGAGUAUCAAAACCGCCAUCACAGACGAUGAACUCUUCCAGGAAUGUCCUCGUUCCUUCAGAAAGGUCAAAAAGAAGCUCGCUCAAUUCAAGUUCGAGGACCAGCCAGAUUACGAUACUCUUCUAAUGAUGCUCUAUAGAGAAAUUUUUUCUCUUGGAGAACAGAAGCUUCUUAAAGAACCAUUCGAAUGGCAAAUGCGCUCGGAGGAUAUGAACCCGUUCAAUCAUACAAAGCGUUGCAAGGAAGAAGAUGAGGAGAAUACAAUAGGCACAGUCGAAAGCGAAUAUGACAGCAUUGAAAGUAGAGGGGAUACAGAAACACAUACAAGAACUGUAGAUGACACUCUUGAUGACCUCAACGAUGAUAAUCUGAAGGACAAAACUAAAAUAUGGGAGGAACAGAAGAAGCUAAAGAAGGCUGGGGGAAGUGCGAAUAAAGAGAAAAAUGGCAAAAAUAAGCCGGCAAAAGGAACAAAGCCGCAGGUGAAAUUCGAGGGAAAAACUAAGGGAACGGGAGUGCCAAAGAAGUAA